AUGUCUGAUAUGGUUUAAACAUUUUCAAUUCAUUCAAAUAAGCAUCGGAGUACCUAGAAGUAGUAGAAGGGAUUAUUGAUGAAGGGAGUCACAAUUCGUAAUAACAUGAAUCUUAAGUUAUGGUUAAAUGAAGUAAUGAACAGGAAGGAGAUUGACUUGAAAUUGGGGAAAUUAAAUAUCUAUUCUCAAAGACAUGACAAAUAGUCGAAAUAUCACAAUGAUCUCAUAUUGCCUAGCAUAUUUCGGGAUGUGGAGGACAGUCAAAUGUUUCCCAUGAUUUGUUUUCAAAAAAGAACCUGCAGAUAAUUGAUGAGAGAAAUCAGAUUUGAAGAAAAUGUGACAUCAUUGUUACCAAGUGAUAAAAGGAAUUCUAUCUUAUACGGAUUACUAAAGGAAUUGAUUUAUGAAAUAGAGUUUCGAGAAUAAAACAUUUUGAUAUGCCAACAUAGGAUUACUAAAGUGUUUUAUAUAUACUUCACAGAUUGUUUGAUCUGUCCAAUAUCCAAGUGUUGUUAUACAUCUGUGGUUUUUGUAUUGGGAUAGAUAUUUGGAGGUUAAAUAAGAUGCAAUAAUGAGAACUGUCCAAUCCAGAUUCUAGUAACUUUUGAUAUACAAGAAGAACUCUUAUGGAAAAAAAACCAGGUUGAUUUAAGUAAUAGGUUUUCGAAAUAUAUAAUAAGUGGGAAAUUUAGAACUAACAGUCUAAAAACAUCGAUUUAGCCUACAGAUGUUUCAAAGUCCAAUCAACAAUACAAUCUAAAUAUAAAUAGUCAAAUCAGUCAAACCGAAAGAGUUCAAAGUAAAGUAAAUCUAUCUCAAUAAAGUAAUUACGAAAAAUAAAGAAGAUAAAAGUAAAGUUAACAUAAGAAUGGGUUUCACAGUGACUAUUAAAAUAUAUGUUUAAAAUGA